CUUUUCUGCUCCUUGAGCUCCUUGAAGGGUAUCGCUAUCCUAUGACCCCCGCUUGUUUCUCGUCGUUUUGCAGGUCCCUCUCUGCCCGCCGCCUUCUGGCCGAAUCUAAACCCGCAUUGGAGCGUCCGGCUCCGCCAUCGGUAGCACCUCCUCUGCCAGCGUUUCCUAUUACUCAAUAACCACCCGCCUCUCGACACCGGCAAUCUUCCCACCAAAACUCUUCGCCAUUUUCCCGGGGGAUUCAAGAACCGGUUGCCGUUUUCUUUUCUUUGCUUCAGGUAUUUUUUAACGGUGUUUUUGCGUCUUGGUUGUCCUCGCGUCUCGGUUAUCGCGACCUCGAGGCUUUAGGCUUUCUCUACCCGCACACCUCCACCGUUAUGGAUUCUAGAACGAUGACGGCAGAGACUCCCGGCAAGCGACCUCGAUCAGAUUCCGGGGAGUUCCCUCCGAUUGCAUCAAAAGUGCCCAAGACGCACUCAAAUCACCUACAAAUCAACUACCUCGCGCGGCAAUAUGCCGACAAUCUCCCUCUGGUCUCGCUGGACGAUACAAUGCCCGCUAUCAUUCAUUUGAUUGGCGAAUACGACGGCGUUUUGCAGCGCCAUGAAAGCAUCGCUGGGAAUCUGGGCGCGUGCCCUUUGGGUCCCAUUCUGAUCAAGCGCUUUGAGCGCCUUUUUGACGGCCCGCCGCGGGUGCUCAAGUCACAUGGAAAGGACACGCCUAAUAUCACCUGGUUGGACGUGGUAGAGUUUGCGAAAAACAAGCCUGAACAGUUCAACCUCGAAAAGACGCGCAACGGCGUGCGAGUAUGCCAGUUCUAUACAAAACAGAGUCGCGUGGAGAUCAGCGAGGAGGACUUUGUGCUGAUCGCGUCGGGAAUGCCUCAGAAGAUGAUUCCCCCUCAACCCAUUAUCGAGGAUGAAGAGAAGGAACUCGGCGCUCUUGAGAUACUGGAGAAGAAUCUCCAGUCAAUAAUUCAAGUCGCAGAUCAAGUCUCUGCACGUGCAAGACAACUGAAUCAUCGUCUGAAAAACCGUCGGACUGCGAUCGUCACUCGGCGCGAAAACGAUGUAAAUCUCCACAACUCUCGGGCCUCGCAGCCUCUUUCACAGUCGCAACACCUACCCCAGCAGCGAUCUAUGAGUCCUGCCUGGCGCGAUGCCAAUGGCGUCCCCCAUAGUUCGCUCAACAGCAAUGGUAAUGGCAAUGGCGCCUCCAACGCUCAGUCCCCGUCUACCGGUUUUGUCGCGGUCAACGCUUCUCGACCCGGGGGGGAAGCUCCUCCAGAAGAAAACUUGCUCUCGUCACAAUUCCUGUUCUCUCACUCCAAUACGGACAACGUCACAAUCAUAAAUGGAACCUCAAUCAAGGGCGCAUCUCCGACCACUCGUGCUGAGCUGAUGAAGAAGUUUUUCACUACACAAGACCGCCAGGUGCGAGGAAGCUAUGAAGAAGCUGCUGCUGCUGCUGCUGCUGCUGCUGGGUCGAGCAACCGCCAGUCAUCCCGCCCUAGACCCAGGGCAUCUGAAGGUGGCGAUUACAACGUGUAUGCACCAACACCUGCCACUGUCGCGAUUCCAAACACCCCCACUUCGUUGCUUCCGCCCCCGAAAUCGCAUCACCAUGAAAAGGACGAUGGAGGUCCGUUCAAGAUCGAGAUGGUCGCGCGCAUGGAAGAACUGCAGCGAGGUGAACGCAUCAUGCCUCCUUGCGAUCGGUGCCGUCGUCUCCACAUGGAUUGCCUGAAGAACCUCACUGCCUGUAUGGGCUGCACAAAAAAGCAUGCUAAAUGUUCGUGGCGAGACGUGAAGGAGGAAGAGCUGCGGGAAGGUCGGCGCGCUGAUCGAGGCCCCGUGGAGGAGCCACAUUCGAAAGACACUACCGCCAGUCCCUCCACCGCACCAGCUUCGGAACAAGUCCCACCAUCUACCGCCGUUGCGACACCAGCGUCUGCACCAGCGCCGUUGCCAACCUCAUUACCAGGAUCAGCCACCGCUGCAUCCGACCCAGAAAGACCGCGUGAAGGCGCGUUGGAUGUCAUGGUACGAAGGGAAUCCGCACCGAUUGCCGCUCCCGUGUCCCGGCCGUCAGCAGUAAGGGAGGUGUCUCCGCGACGGGCGGUGAGCGAGAUACACAAUAGCCACGGCCAUUCUUAUCGGCACAACCAGAGUGAUAGGCGCUACAGCUUCAACCGGAAUAACGAGCCAAAUCGGGAUGAUGAUGGUCCGGAUGCGUUGAGCCAGGCCAUCAUGGAUACCUAUAAUGCAGCCGCGGCGAAAGGGACCGUACACGAAGUAAGCAAUGAACGCGAGCGCGAUAUGGAGCGGGAUCAGGAUCGAGACCGGAAACUGGUCCGAGCAUGA